AGAUGAUGCGGUGCCAGUGCCAAGUCUGCCCUCCUAGUGCCACGACGGAGGGCAUCCAGGCUUACCCAGGACAGUGCCACCACACCGCCACUGCCCAACCAUGGCACUCUAGGCCUUCAAGGAGUGCCAAGCUUCUUCCUCCUUCCGAUCAACACACUAGGACGUCUUCCACAGUGCCAGCCUUGCUACACGUCCUCCCAUAGCACUCUCGUCUUCAGCAGAGCCUUAGUAGGACAGUGCCACGGUGCCACAACUAUCCUGUGGCACUACAGAAGGUUUUGAGGAGUUCCAAGUCUGUUCCUCCUCCAAAUCAACAUCGUAGAACGUCUUGCACAGUGCCAGCCUCGCUACACUGCGCUGGCACUGUCGUCUUAGCAGAGCCUUACUAGGGCAGUGUCACGGUGCCACAAUCUUCCCGUGCCACCGUAGAGGGUUCUGAGGAGUACCAAGCCUGUUUCUCAUCAUCGGUACCCUGGGAUUUGACUACCUCUCUGUGCCACUUCGCAACCUGACAAUGGCACAAUAGACUUUUAAAGAGUGCCAAGCCUAUUUCUCAUAAUCGCCACCCUGGGAUUUGCUACUCUACCUCCUCGGGCAGUGCCACAUCCAGAACGGUGCCACUUCACUUCCCAACUGUUUUUCAAUAGUGCCAAGCCUGUGUUUUAUUCUGCGAGACCUCAUACAGUGCUAACCUCACUACACUGUUCCUCCUCUGGCACUGUUAUCGUUUGUACAGUGCUAUAGUGUUACGUUAUCCUUCUGGCACUGUGGUCAUUCAUAGCUGGGUGCCACAUCUUCCCUGCUCCUUCUUACUACUUUUUUUUCUCUUGGCACUCAAAAAUUCUAGGAGAGUGCCAAGCAUCCUCUGGCACUGUUGAGUAUCCUUGCAGUGCCUCACCAUCCCUUGUUGCUCCUCUUCCACUCCUCUCCCUUAUCUCAGUGCCAAACAGCAGUGCCAAACGAGUGCCUCAGUGAAAAGUGAAAAAAGUGAGAAAAAAAGGAGAUAAAAGUGAGAUAUUUCAAGGUCACUGCAAUGUGUUCUGUCGUGUUUGUUUGUUUUGGUGGUGAAGGUGGUGGUGAGGGUGGUGGUGGCGGUGGUGGUGGUGGUGGUGAUGGUGUGAGGGUUAAUUCUGUCUUCGUUUCCCUACAUUUCGUUUGAUUUUUAUUUUAUUUUCAUCCUCCCUGAUUUUUUUUUUAUUCUAUUAUUUCCUCUUUCAUUUCUCUCCUUCCUUUCCACCUGUUUGCUCAGGCAGUGUUUCUCCUCAAUUAGUUUAUAGCUAGUUCUCUCUCUCUCUCUCUCUCUCUCUCUCUCUCUCUCUCUCUCUCUCUCUCUCUCUCUCCGCAACAACACACACAAAAAAAGAACAUCGACAAAGACAUUUAUUUACAUUCGUACAAAAACACAACCACGUGCAACAUUCCCUUUCCAAUAGUUUUAUUUACUACUAAUAUAUAUACUACUACUACUACUACUACUACUACUACUACUACUACUACUACUACUUCCACCACCACUUCUGUUUCUCCACCUCCUCUGAAAGAAGAAAACGAGGAAGAAGUAUAUUGUUUAUCCUCCCCAAAUGAGAAGAACGCGGAGGACAGAAGACAGGGUGGAGGCAGUGCAGCUCUCCUCCCCUGCCCAUCCACCCCUUUCCUCCUCCACCACCACCACCAAGGGAAGGUAGCAGUUUCUUCACUACUACCUCCUACUACUACUUUUGCUUCUGCUGCUACAACUGUUGCUGCUGCUGCUGCUACUGUAGAGGACGUGUGGUUGGCUGCUUACCUGGGCCCAGCAUCCACUCAGGUCAUGGCGCCCCGUCGGCAGCCCGUGUCGCUGCAGCGGCAGUGCGUGGCCCACCUGGCGCUGCGCCUCGACCACCUGUGUGACCAGCACGCCCACGCCCACACGCACCCCCACCUGCUGGCCGCCGCGGGCCACCUCGACACCCUGCUGCCCACGCCCCUCCAGGCCACCGUAGGUGAGGAGGUGCUGGCUCUGACGGAGGCGCGGCAGGUGACUCCCUCUCCGGGCCACGUGCGGCUGCUGCUGCUGCUGCGGGCGCGGCGGCUGUCGGCCAGCGGGUCGGUGGUGCAGAGCGGCGUGCUGGAGGAGGGGGCGGACGCGGCCCACCUGGAGGCCCUGACCCUGCUGUACGGGGGCUGCGGGGGCCGCGCCGCGCGCCUCUACCCCUUCCUGCACACCGCCGCCGCGCUCACCUCGCUCGUGUGCACCGACUUCUGCGACAACACCAUGGUGGACAUCGUGGCGCACACCUGCCCGCACCUUCGCCUGCUGGACCUGCGCGGCUGCUACGACGUGACGGACGAGGGCGUGGCACUGCUGUGCGGGCAGCGGCAGGGGCUGCGGGCCAGCCUGGAGGCGCUGAGCCGCGGCGACGUGCUGCGGCCCACCACGCCGUGCUGCGCGUCGCUGCGGGAGAUCAAGCUGACCAUGACCAAGGUGACGGAGGCGGGCGUGGCCGUCAUCCUGCUGGUGCUGACGGACAUCCACACGCUGCGGGUGCCGGACGUCAAGAUGGAGAAGCUCUUCAGCUUCCUGCAGACUCUGGACCACAAGGACGUGCAGUGCCACCUCCGGGAGUUUCACUCGAGGGAGAUCCUCAACGAGUUCCAGCUGGAGGUGCUGGUGGGCCUGUGCCCCAACCUGGAGUACCUGCAGGUCUCCUUCACCGGCAGCCCCGAGAUGGACCUGGCGCGCCUGCGCCUGCUGCCGCGCCUCACCAAGCUGCGCCGCGCCAAGUUCGCCGACGUGAACUGUGACGCGCUGGAGUGGUUCCUGCGGGAGGCGGGGCAGUGCCUGACGCACCUCUUCCUCUACACCUACCACACGCGCUUCUCGCAGCAGAAGCUCAGCAUCAGCCGCCGCCACCUGCAGGUGCUGGCCGAGCAGUGCCCGCACCUGGAGGGCCUGUGUCUGGACGGCUACCUGCUGGGGGAGGAGGGCGGGGACCUGCUGCCGCCCCGGGAGGGCCUGCACUACUUCCAGGAGCUGACGAGCCUGCAGGUGGCCUCCAUGAAGCUGUCCGAGGAGGACCUGCAGGUGUUCCUGGCGCAGAGCCGCGGCCUGCGCGUGCUGGAGCUGGUGCUGCACAACCCGCACGUCCUGCACGACCGCCUACUGUGCGACCUGCUGGACGCCGGCAUGUGGCGCAACCUGGCCAAGAUCCGCGUCCUCAACUCCCCGCUGACCACCCGCGCCCUGGCCCGCCUGGUGGCCGAGUGCCCCCGCCUGCGGGAGCUGGGCUGCCUCUACACGUGGCUGGUGCCCAAGGACCACGUGGCGAAGUUCAAGAACAACGUCAAGUGCCAGAACCUGGACAUCGAGAUAUACUGACGCGGCGCCGAUCCGCCGCGACCUGACCUGACCUGUGACCCCGUGACCCCCCCCGAGUGACCCCGGCUGUGAUGCCCCAAAGUGCCUUGUGAGGGUGUAGUGCCGCCCCCCGCCCCCCUGGCUAGUGUGCGGGGCGGGGGGCGAGGCGUCAGUAUGAUACAAGAUUCUCAGUAGUGUUAUUGUUCCCUUAUUGUUGUUGUUGUUGUUGUUGUUUAUUGUUAUCGUUGAUGUUCUCUCGUCGCUGAAGGGUUCUUAAUUAGGUACUGGUGGGGAUGGGACACACACACACACACACACAGACAUACACAUUAUGUAGAUAAGGAAAUGAUGAAGAAAAUAUUAACAACACUGACAAGACCAAAACUUGAAUAUGCUGCAGUUGUGUGGUCGCCUCACAAGAAGAAGGAUAUCAGAAAGUUGGAAAGAAUACAGAGAAUUGCAACUAAAAUGGUCCCAGAACUCUCGAAUAUGACGUAUGAAGACAGACUGAAGGAGAUGGACUUGACGACACUGGAACAAAGAAGGGAGAGAGGAGAUCUGAUCACACUGUAUUAGUUGGUGAAUAAGUAUGAUGAGGUGGAUAAAGAUGAUCUCUUCUCUACUGCGAGAACGCGGGGGCUGAGAGGACAUGGAAUGAAACUUAAUAAAGGAACCUGUUUGAGUGAUUGAAAAAGUAUAGUUUUCCACAUAGAAGUGUUAGCACAUGGAACAGCUUGCGGGAAGAGGUGGUGGAGGCGAGCAGUGUCCACCAAAUGAAGGAAAGGCUGGAUGAAUGUAGAUAUGGAGACGGGACUAUUGGAGCUUAUCUCUGGCCCUGUAGACUACAAAUAGGUAAACACACACACACACACACACACACACACACACACACACACACACACACACAAAUUUUCCUUCACAUUCAGGACAUUCAUCAAAAGACACUUGUAUGUGAUGACAAUAUUUAUGUAUACAUGUGUACGUGUGUUGUCUGUGUACGUUUGUAUGUAUACGUUAGGACCUCCGAGUGUAAGCAUAUUAUUAUUUUUCUUAAAGGUUGCGAUAUAAUGAAGAUAUUUACUCGUAUGAAUGUAUAAUGACUUUGUUUGUUUGUUUGUGCGACUUUGUUUUUCGUUGAUCGAUAGGGCUCGUUUGUUUGUUUGUUUGUUUGUUCGUUAACCGUCGAUACGUGUUCGUUACCUGUUCGUUCUUCGUCCUGGCGGCGUCGCAAACCAUGAAUUUUGUCUUUCACCAGUUGUGAGUCGAUAAAGAGUUUAAUUCUGA